CUCAAAAAGUUAGCUAAACGUUUAUCAAUAACGCGUAUGUUUAAAUAUUUAAUCAAUGUGCAAUUCCAAGCUGAGAGCCUUUAAAAAUAUGUCCGCAGCUGGCAGUUGGUGUUGAAUUCCCAAGCAGCUACAAAUUGGACUUAAAACGUGACCAAAAGCAAUUCCUCGCAAAUACAAAUACAAAUAAAAUGUUUUAAAGAUGUUGCAAGUAAAGAAACAACGUGCAACGCGGCCGGCGGCAACGUUAAUCAGCGCCCUGCUGCUGGGCGCAUUAAUAAUUCAAGGCGUGGCAGCGUCAACGGCAGCGACGUCGACGGCGGGCGAAGCUCAGCGAGUGCACGAACCAAAUGUUGCGGCAGCGCGCGCUGCUGUGGUGAAUAGGGCGUCAGUCGAGACGCGCAAUGCCGCGCCGCAUCGCCUGCCGCGCAGCGUAUUCCAUGUGCGCUGGAAUCCCAAUGAAAAAUUCAUUGUGGAGAGUCGCGAAAGCCCGGCCAUUAACUCAUCCAAGCUGGCGCCGCAUCCGCGCCUAAAGGUGUCCAAGAACACCAAACUGACGCUCAGUCCGAAAUUGUAUCUUUGCCACGACAAAUACUCGGCCGAAUGCCACAACAAGACCGCCUCCUUCCGGCGCCGCAUUGUGCAAUCCUUUGAGCGCUCGAUGAGCGAGGCGCUCAACGAGUCCAAUCACUACAACGUCGACUAUAAGCCCGUCUUUGGGGACAGUUUCGAGGAGCAGUAUUAUCCCUCCAGCUGCCUGGUAAUGGAGGCGGGUGUGCGCGUCCUGCGCCGCAAGGAUGCGCCGUUCAAUAAGCUGCCCUUCGGUCGCCUCUUUCCGCGCCAGAAACUCUUUCGCAACGUGAAGAGCGUCAAGACCUGUGCGAUUGUCUCCAGCGCCGGUUCGCUGGCGGGCUCCAAGCUGGGACGCUUCAUAGAUAACCACGACAUCGUCAUGAGAUUCAAUCACGCGCCGACCCACGGACACGAAGUGGAUGUGGGCAGCAAGACCACAAUACGUGUCGUCAAUUCCCAAGUGGUGACCAAGCCGGAGUUUGAUUUUGCGCAUGCGCCGAUCUUUAGGAACGUUACGAUUGCCGCCUGGGAUCCGGGACGUUACAAUGGCACCCUCGAGGAUUGGCUGACCACCGCCGAUUACGAUUUGUUCACCAACUACGAGAUCUACAGGCGCCGUUAUCCCAAAUCACGCGCCUUUCUCAUCGAUCCGCAUUCGGUGUGGCGCCUGUGGCAAAGCCUGCAAAUGUUUGCCGGCAAUCGAUCCAUACGACGUAAUCCACCCAGUUCCGGUUUUAUAGGCUUGGCCUUGUUGUUGCCGCACUGUCCCCAGGUGGACUUUGUGGAAUAUGUGCCCUCCACACGACUCAACGGACGCUGUCACUACUACAGCAAAGAGAUGAACUCCGCCUGCACAUUCGGCUCUUGGCAUCCGUUAGCCGCCGAGAAGCUGAUGGCGCUGGACAUGAAUGUGGCCGAUGAUAUGUCCGUCUUCCAGUUCGGCAUCCUGCGCAUCCGGCGACCCGACAAGCUGCUCUGCGGCUUUAACUUCUUCGGUUACUGAUCCCUUGAUCCGCCACGCU